CCGACUAUUUUUCAUAUGAAAUUGCUUACAGAUUAUUUUUUAUAUGAUUUCUGAGCAGGCAGCAAAAAGGCACCUGACUCAGAGAAUUGAGAACUUGGACGGAAAAAUCGAUGAGCAAAUAGAAAUUUCAAAAUUAAUUAGGAGUGAGGUCACUGAUGCACAUGCUGAUCUCUCUCAAAUUAGCUUUGAUUUGAACGCGUUGCACCAGAUUGUUUCUGGUUUGGAUGGAAAACUGCAUUCACUAGAAGACAAGCAGGAGUUUGCAAAUGCUGGUGUGAUGUACCUGUGUGGCAUUGUAAAUGGAAAAAGGAUGCCCAUGCCAGAAAGAAUUCAGGAUCAAUUUAAACUUGCUGGAAAUUCAAUGCAAAAUCUCAUGGGUCUUAGAGGAAUUGUAGAGUCUCCUGAGAACAAUUUAUUGACAGAUGGGAAUGCUCAAGACUACUCUUCUGAUAAGCUCAGCAAAACCAUAACGAGGACUUUUUCAAACAAGUGUUGAGCCACUAGUGUCAAGUGAUGACUCCUUCCACAUUUUUUCGGUAUGCCCUACUUCAAACAGGUGUAUCAUAUCAACAAGUAAAUAUAACUACUGUUUGGCAUAUUUCAUACUUCUUCAGUAUGUCCCUACUUCUUCAAACAGGAGUGGAUGCGUUUUAUUUUUUCGGUUUCGGAAUUUGUAUAAGUGGACAAUAGAAGCCACAUAAAAGAAAUGACGCCUGUGAUGAAGGUCAUAUUUCACAUAGUCACUCAAACAUGUAAUUGAAUUCAUUGUUGGAGCUGGUUGUUUAUUUGUUUAUUCAAUCUAGCUAAAGUUGUAAUGAAUCUUCCCAUUAACAACUUUUAAUGGGUUCGAUGUAUUUCAGUGUAUCUAAGUCGUACGGUUUGGAUGUAUUUCAA